UUUCCAAACCAAUGUAUUGCAAUACUUUUUAACUUUUUGUCAUUUUGCCUAGAUAUGAUUAGUGGCGAACAAAUAGAGACAAAUGAACAUAUAAAGCAGUAGAUGUCAGUGAACCGGGAAGGGCGAUAUGGGUAACUCCUUAGCUGUGACAUCAGAGGCAGUAUAAAAGGCUUUUGAGUACAGUGCUGUACGUCAAUAACUCCGGCUUGCGCCUGAGAAGGCUCUCUGUCCACCAUGCGCGAAAUUGUACACCUUCAGAUCGGACAGUGCGGAAACCAGAUUGGCUCCAAGUUCUGGGAGGUGAUCGGUGAUGAACAUGGAAUUAAUGCUGUGGGGAACUACGAGGGUGACAGCAGACUGCAACUGGAGAGGCUCAAUGUCUAUUUCAAUGAGGCACAUGGAGGAAAAUAUGUCCCCCGGGCUUUACUUGUAGACCUGGAGCCAGGAACCAUGGACAGUGUGAGGGGUAGCAGAAUUGGGCAACUCUUCAGGCCUGAUAACUUCAUCCAUGGUAGUUCUGGUGCCGGAAACAACUGGGCUAAAGGGCACUAUACGGAGGGGGCCGAACUGGUGGAAAACGUGAUGGACAGAGUGCGCAAUGAGAGCGAGAGCUGCGACUGCCUCCAGGGCUUCCAGAUCGUGCACUCCCUGGGCGGUGGAACUGGCUCGGGCAUGGGCACGCUCAUCAUUAACAAGAUCCGCGAGGAGUACCCGGACCGCAUCAUGAACAGCUUCAGCAUCAUGCCCUCUCCAAAAGUUUCGGACACCGUGGUGGAACCCUACAAUGCCACCUUGUCCAUCCAUCAGCUCAUAGAGAGCACAGAUGAGACCUACUGCAUCGACAAUGAGGCCCUUUAUGACAUCUGUUUCCGCACACUGAAGCUGACCACUCCCACGUAUGGCGACCUCAACCACCUGGUGUCCCUGACUAUGAGUGGGGUCACCACAUCUCUGCGAUUUCCCGGUCAGCUCAAUGCUGACCUGCGCAAGCUUGCUGUCAACAUGGUGCCCUUCCCACGCCUGCACUUCUUCAUGCCAGGCUUCGCUCCCUUGACAGCCCGUGGCAGUCAGCAGUACCGUGCCCUCACCGUGCCAGAACUCACCCAGCAGAUGUUUGAUGCCCGCAAUAUGAUGACAGCCUGCGAUCCCCGGCACGGGCGCUACUUGACAGUCGCUGGGGUCUUUCGUGGCCGCAUGUCUACUAAGGAAGUAGAUGAGCAAAUGUUAGCCAUACAGCAGAAGAAUAGUGCCUACUUUGUCGACUGGAUUCCACACAACGUAAAGGUGGCUGUGUGUGACAUUCCUCCACGAGGGCUCAAGAUGGCCUCAACGUUUAUUGGCAAUAACACAGCCAUCCAAGAAAUAUUCCGUCGUGUGGGCGAACAGUUCUCCGUCAUGUUCCGGCGCAAGGCUUUCCUACACUGGUACACUGGCGAGGGUAUGGAUGAGAUGGAGUUCACAGAGGCCGAAAGCAAUCUCAAUGACCUGGUGUCUGAGUACCAGCAGUACCAGGAUGCCACUGCAGACCUUGAAUGGGAGCCAGAAGGAGGAGAAGAGUCAGCAUCAUCAGCACCAGUUCAUAGAUCUCAAACAAGGACAGAGGUUAAGACUGAAAUUAUAACUGAGACUAUUACAGAAUGAAGGAGCAGAAAUGUGUAGUACAAUUGUGUUUAAAGGCCAUACUUUGUUGUGUAUGUCCCCACUUCAGCACAGCUGUUGAAAAUUAACAAUGAGGGAAGGACAAUGAGAUCAUUUGUUACCCAGAAAUAUCAAAGGUUCUACCCACAAUUCUCAUUUUGCAGUUGAAAAUAACUUCAGUACUACAAGCUUUGAAAAUUCCUGUUAUUCCAUGAACAAUUAGGUAUGGUGUUUCUCCCCACUUGUCAUGCAAAUACCAUCACUGGAGUCACAGACAAGGUUAAAGUUUGUUGUAUGUGUGUAUAAACACACACACACAUUUUCUGAACCGCUUGUCCCAUAAGGGG